CGUCGCGCUCAAAGCAAAAACAAAGUGCUAAUUUCGUUUUUAAUAUGAUUUCCCACUCGAAUAAGAUGAAAUUAUCUAACCACAAGAUAUUUCAGGACCUUAGUGAAAGUUUGAAGGAGAAUCCAAGUGGAAAGUUGCGCAAUUUGUUAGAAUUAAGAGAUGAUGUGUUGUAUGUUUGGAAUUCGAUUGAGAACUGUUUAGCGAGCUUAAACUUGAAGCAUUUGGAGGAGCACGAUGAGGAGACACCUUAUCAGAAACUGUGCCUCCUCUCACCGCCGCAGUACACAGUGGAACGUAUCACCACCAGCAGCUGCGGUAGCCGCGUCUGCAUCUGGGGCUCACGAGGAGUCACUGUAGUGGAGCUACCUUCCAGAUGGGGCAGGGGUGGCCUGUUCGAUGAUGGGAGUCAGACAGUACUGUGCAAGAGUUUCUCCCUGGAUGAACGGUUCCUUUACUCUCAAGGGGAAGUCCGGCGUGUCCAAUGGCACUCCAGCUCCCUGUCUCAUCUGUGGGUCCUCGUCUCUGAUAACACCAUCAGACUAUACAACAUCGCCCUAAAAACUGGACCUAAGCUGGUCAAGAUCUUCACCAUUGGUCCUAAGCCUGCCGGUCUACUGGCAUCAAGACCGCUUCUGGACAGUCUUGGAGACACAGCUGUAGACUUCACUACUACACCUGGAAGUGACAGUCUCCUGAUUUUGAGGGGGAACGGAGACGUUUAUAUGAUGGAUUGUGACUUGGAGGCUAAAACAUUGCAACACAAACUGACCGGCCCGCUGGCUAUGUACCCUCCAGCUGAUGACAACUAUGGAUCCGAGUCCUGUUCCAUCACAGCUCUGUCCAAUAGUAACGAUAUGCCGCCUUUGGUUGUAGUGGCUACCUGUUCUGCGCAGCUUUACCACUGCCUAUUAUUGCCCAAUGCUACUGAGAAGGAGGACAGUCACGCCCUCUACGUAGUCGAGGCGGUAGAACUCAGCAUAGUAUUGAACCCGGACGACAAUGUAGACAUGCAGUACUCAUAUCCAGUCCAUUUGUAUCCGUGCACAAGCAACACUUAUGCGUGCAUGCACGCUGGUGGCGUCCACACUGUCACCCUUCCCGUGUUGAACCAGCUCAAGGACUACGCUUUAGCUGAUGAGGCGGAAAGCGAAACGCAACUGUCGGCCAUUUUGUCCCGCACAAGCGUGGCGCGCCAUCUUGUCUGCACGGCUGGACCACGUGCUACUUUAAGGCCACCCGCGGGCCUGGCGCUCACGCCGCCGCCGCUACCGGCGCUACUAGUACUGUGUACUGAUGCCACUGUACUCUCAAGGACUUUGGAGCCGUAUGAUUUGGAGGACCAGCUGUACAAAGAACUGCAACUGCGGAACCCGGCCCUAGAACAAGAUGACAUCAACAACAUACUUAAAGAGAAACAAAAGCUGUCCUUCACGGCGAUUAUCCAAGAAGUAUUAGCUCGGGGUGUGUCCCAACCAAUCCUGAACAUCAAUAGCAAGGAGGAACCAAGCCCUAAAGAAAGUCUGGAGUUCCUGACAGCAGCCACAUUGAAACUCCGUGGCGAGUACAUGUCGCGUCAGCAAAGAGCCGCCGACGCUAUAGCGAGGAAACUAACAGCUUUGCAGUCGCUCAGUAAACAACAUGACAAGUGGUACAACGACUUGAAGAGAGACAUCGAAGAUGUGACCCUGCAGUCGACAGUGCUGAAAGAAAAGGCCCUCCUUGCCGAAAAACACCAAGAUGAUAUUAAAUACAGAUGUUCAGCAGUAAUACGCCAGCUUCGCGCGUCAGCCCCCGCUACAGCGGCGGAGCGGGAACUAUUAGCGGAACUAGAACGCUACAAGCGGAGCGGGGAACAAAUCGCCGAACAGAUACAGUUGCUUAAGAAACAUGCGCGCAACAAGCAUGAUGAGUUCAACAAAUGGCAAGACGAAUACAAGCGGAAGGAUAUCGCGCUCGGCAAGUCUCACAGCGACACUAUCUCUUCUAUCUUACAGCAACAAACCAGCAAAAUCUCCUCGCUGAUUGAAGAAACUAAGCUACUCAAAGAUCAACUGAGUAUUGUGUAAAUUUCUUAACAAUAAUGGACUGUAUUUUCAAAUAGUUCUGUAAAAUAUGAAUGUUAUUGAACUUGUUCAUCUUCUGUGCCAUUUCAAAGAGAUUCACUGAAUAGUUUAAAAGACUUCCAAAAUAUUCCAAUCAUUUGUGUUGAAUCCAUAAAGUUUAAUCAUUAGCAUGAGAAAACCAGCAUCAUGCGUAAUUUUGCAACCUAUUUUAUUUUCAAUAUUUUUUAUAUUAUAGGCAGUUCACGAGUGCCUAGGCACCCAGGUUAUAUUCACACUCAAAAUCCAGGUCAAAUCAAGAGUGAACAGGCAUCUUCUGGGCGAGCUCACUCCAUCGUAGGCCACGUCUUUGCCUUUGGCUAGUCUGUGGCCAAGAGUAAGCCCAUUUAUAAUAUUAAUAAUUAAAAAAAAGGUAGGUAAUUCAGUGUUUUACUGUAAAAUGUUUUCUUUAAACUGUACUUUACCACAUUUAAUUGUAUAUUUGUGUAUGAAUCAAAAGUUUCGACUAAUUCAUAAUUCGAUAUUUCAACAUAAUUAUUGUAAUUUAGAAUUAAGUUAAAAAUUACUCAGUAAUUAGUUGUUGAUUAUUUCUUUUCUAUUGUCAUUGGUAUUUUAGUAAUUAAUAAAUGUCUCAUGAAUUAAUAUUACUUUUUUUUGUAUUAUUUUGAUCUGAUCUGAUCUCUCCAUCUUAAAAGCAAGACCCUAAGUGCGUUUUCACAUUAUCCGAUAUCGGUUGUAGGACCGAUAUCCUAUUUAAACCGCCAUCUUGAUUUUCCCUUUGAAAUCCUUCCUACAUCCGAUAUUGGAUCGGAUAAUGUGAAAACG